AACCGCGCGAGGCACACGCCCCGGCCAACCCACUCCACGACACGUUCCGCCCGUAGGAACCGUCCAGGCUCGCACACGCACACACGUCUCAAUCGCAAACUAAAGUAAAGAUGGUUGCCGAGUCCAACAACAACGAGGUCGCGAAGGUCGCCGAGCCCCUGCUCGACCCCAACGACGACCGCUUCACCAUGUUCCCCAUCAAGUACGGGGACAUCUGGGAGAUGUACAAGAAGGCCGAGGCCUCCUUCUGGACCGCCGAGGAGGUCGACCUCUCCGACGACAUGGUGCACUGGAACAAGCUCAACAACGACGAGAAGCACUUCAUCAAGCACAUCCUUGCCUUCUUCGCCGCCUCCGACGGCAUCGUCCUCGAGAACCUCGGCGUUCGCUUCAUGGGCGAGGUGCAGUUCCCCGAGGCUCGCGCGUUCUAUGGCUUCCAGAUUGCCAUCGAGAACAUCCACUCAGAGAUGUACUCCCUCCUCAUCGACGCGUACGUCAAGGACGCCCAGGAGAAGACCUACCUCUUCCAGGCGAUCCAGAACAUUCCCUGCAUCGCCAAGAAGGCUGACUGGGCGUUCAAGUGGAUCGAGAGCUCCGCCGAUUUCGCCGAGCGCCUGAUCGCGUUCGCGUGCAUCGAGGGCAUCUUCUUCUCCGGCUCCUUCUGCUCCAUCUACUGGCUGAAGAAGCGCGGCCUCAUGCCCGGCCUCACCUUCUCCAACGAGCUCAUCAGCCGCGACGAGGGCCUUCACCGCGACUUUGCGUGCCUCCUCUACUCGUACAUCAACAAGAAGCCCAACGAGUCCGUCGUCAGGCAGAUCGUCAAGGAGGCUGUCGAGAUCGAGAAGGAGUUUGUCUGCGACGCGCUCCCCUGCGCCCUCGUCGGCAUGAACGCGGAUCUCAUGUCCGAGUACAUCGAGUUCGUCGCCGAUCACCUCCUCGGCCAGCUCGGCAUGUCGAAGGAGUACAACGCAGCCAACCCUUUCGACUGGAUGGAGCUCAUCUCCCUCCAGGGUAAGACCAACUUCUUCGAGAAGCGCGUGGGCGAGUACCAGAAGAGCGGCGUGAUGAACUCGCUCAACGCGGAGGCGGCGAAGUUCUCCCUCGACGAGGACUUUUAAAGCGAUUUCUAUUGAGGCGGGACCCCGUGCUCGGUUCGUGGAGCGUUCGACGAGCGACGAAGACCGAGGAAAGCGGGGUGGAGGCGUCGACCGAGGGUAGGCGGUGCGAUGCGCGCGUAUUAGGAUCCUUUAGACGGGGCUGGGGACCUAUAGGGAUUGACUGGGUCGGUAUAGGGAUCGACCGGGUUUGGGGCGGGGUAGGGAUUUCGCGAGCGUCGGGGGGCACGACGGCGCUCGCGCGAGAGGCUCUCUCUCGUCGCGCGAAUUCAGCGCGGAGAGAGCCCUGGGAGGACGAGACUGAGGUACGUCUCGUCGUUGGGGCGACGGCAGCGGCGGCGAGUGGGGCACGACGGAGUGUCACCACAUGGCGACGAGUUUUGGCGAUUGACGGCUACGAGCGCGGGACGAGGAACGUUGUUGUACCGCUUUGUUCCCGUUUUAAUGACGACAUCGAGGCUGUUCCG